CAUAAAUAAAGAUUUUUAACAUUUAUAUAUAUUAUGAUAAUCUAAAGUUUAUGGAAGAUUUCUUGAGACACUCAGCAGAAUGCCCGAGGAUGUUAUGGUCCCAUCAGGAAACUACAAGGUGCGCAAGCGGUUCCGCAAUGAGGAGCAUCGACGGAGCAAGAAAGACAUGCCCUGGACAAAACAGAUAUUAGAUCUAAAUGAGAAUCGGUUUUUUGGCCGGACAGCCUGGGCAUGGUGCCGGAUAGUGUCGUUUUAUCUCCUGCUGUAUUUGCUCAUUUUUCUAAUUCUGCUCUGCCUAUAUCUGAUCUUUCGAUUUUAUUUUAUCCAAAAAGACAGACCUAGUAUACUAAAGGAGGCACCUGGUCUGUCAAUUGUGCCGAGGAAUGAGUCAACAAUAACCUUUUAUUACAACCAGAUGCCAGAUAUCUAUCCACUUUGCGACCGCAUCGAUGAGUUUCUCGAGAAAUUGGAUGAUGAGGCCUUUGAGUAUUUUCACGAAUGCAAUGGCGAUAAAUUAUGGGGUUAUAAUGAGAAGAAACCGUGUGUUUUUGUUAAAUUAAAUAAGAUAUUCGGAUUUAAGCCUGAGGUGUACACCUCACCCACCGAACUGCCAAGCGAGGCGCCUCCAGAGUUGACGACGAUAAUGGGUAAAUUCAAAGGUCACGAUCGAAUUUGGCUAACCUGUGAAUUGUCUCAGGGGAAACUACCAAAAAUUGUCUACAUUCCGGGUCCGUAUUUUGACACCGAGGAGUUGGCGGGCGUUAGUCGUGUCGUUGCAUUGCAACUGACAGAAAUGCCCGAGAAUAAGGAGAUUUUUGUAUCCUGCAGAGUUUGGGCAAAAAACAUUAAAAUCGAUCUGAAGCAAACUGGCAGGGGUAAUGCCAAGUUUUCAAUGAAAAUGAAGGUGAAGAAGAGCAACAACAACCCACCGGAUAACCUUGAAACAAGACCCACCAAGUUUAAAGUUUGGAAGCCCAAUCAAGACCAACAACGAAUAUUUUACGAUGAAGAUUUACAACUGCCUGAUGUACCAGAUCUAGAAGCGGAGGACGAUGGUGUUAAAACUGAUACACGUUCGGCUAUACCAACUGAGCCACCAGAUAAAUUGAAACGAUAAUAAAAUAUACAAAUUUUGUCUUUGUAA